CCCUGACCCCCGUGUGUUGAAGGUACACCAGCGCCGGUGUGGUGGUAGCGUGAGACCCUCGAGCCUCGGUGUCCCUCCGCGGUCCUCCAACGCAAGUGAUGUACCGCAGGGAUCGGCCUUUGCUCCUCCGGUCCUGCCCUGCAGCCCUGUACAACAACCUCUGUGUGCUGCCCCUGCCAGCCUCAGGGCUCGCCCAGUUUGCUUUGGUCCAUGGAUCCAAUUGUGAGCUCCUCAGUGCAGUCCCCAGUGGCCUUCCUCUGUCCCAGCGUCUACUCCACGCUAAAGAAGGGGCUGGGCUGAACCUUCCUCUCAUCACCCAGGCCUAUUGGUGUGUCCUGCCUUUCCGAGUGUUACUAGUGUUGACUUCACAGAGAGGCAUACAGAUAUAUGAGUCAGACGGUUCUGUCAUGGUUUACUGGCAUGCUCUGGACUCUAGUGAUGCCCCCCCAGCGCAGGCCCUGUUUGCCCGAGGAAUUGCUGCCAGUGGCCACUACAUCUGUGUGGGGACGUGGUCUGGCCGGGUACUGGUGUUUGACGUCCCAGCCAAAGGACCCAACAUUAUGCUGAGUGAGGAGCUGAAUGAACACCGGGUGCCAGUGACGGAUAUUGCAGCUGAGCCUGCUCAGGGACAGGAUUGUGUAGCUGAUGUGGUGACAGCGGAUGACUCGGGCCUUCUGUGCGUCUGGAAGUCAGGGCCGGAGUUUAAACUGCUGACCCGAAUCUCAGGAUUUGGAAUCCCUUGCCCCUCAGUCCAGUUGUGGCAAGGCUCUGUAGCUGCUGGUUUUGGGGAUGGGCAGAUCCGAAUCUUUGAGGCCAGCUCCGGGGCCCUGCACGUCCAGAUCAAUGCCCAUGCCCGUAGUAUCAGUGCCCUAGACUUGGCACCUGAGGCAGGCAAGCUGCUCUCUGGGGCUGAAGACUCCUUUGUGCAUAUCUGGAAGCUAAGCAGAAAUCCAGACAGUGGCUGCAUUGAGGUGGAACACUGCCAUGCAGAAUGUGUGACUGACACUCUGGUGUGUGGAGCCCGAUUCUGUGACCCCAAGGGCUCUUCCUUUGCUGUGACUGGCUACGACUUGUCGGAGAUCCUAAGAUACAGCUGUGUGUAAGCAAGGAGGGAGAGGAUGAAGAGGAAGAGAGCCAGAACUGUCUGACUACAAGCUGUGAGACGGGAAGGAGACGAGAAUCUGCCCCCUGAUUCUGCCCCCAAAUAGUAUUGGGGUCUUCCUGGGAAGGGGGCUUUCCCCUCCGAUCUGACACUUAUAAAGCAGUACUCCCACUGUUGUAUAUAUAAAGGUAUGGCAUGACCUCUCAA